GAGUAAAAAUGGACAAGUUGAAGAAAGUAUUACGAGGAGAAGAAGAGGAGCAAGAUGAACAAAGCAUAAUAACAGACGUAUACAAUGCAUCUUCAUUAAGCUGGUCAACCCGCAUUAAGGGAUUCAUUGCCUGUUUUGUCAUAGGCUGUGCACUCUCCAUAUUGGGUUCCUUCCUUCUCUUCAUUCCUUCAAGUCACAAUCUUCGUUCCUUUGCCAUUCUUUAUUGCUUCGGCACUGUAAUAGCUCUUUCUGGGACCCUGUUUCUAAUGGGACCCAUUAACCAGCUCAAGAAUAUGUUCAAGGAGAAGAGGAUCAUAGCAACAUUGAUAAUGCUCCUAAUGAUUGCAUUGACACUCAUGGCUGCAUGUUGGUGGCAAAUCACCAUUCUGGCAAUCCUCUUCUGCUUUUUACAAUUUCUUGCAUCAUUAUGGUACUCCAUAUCAUACAUCCCAUAUGCAAGAGAUGCGGUGAAGAAAUGCUGUGAGGGAUGCUUUGCAUAGGUCCAACACACAAUCGGUAUAAGCCACAGUGAACACAUGUCAGGAACCUGCAAUAUGUUUUCUUUCCUGCUUUCAUCUUUAUAAAGAGUAUGUUUUCUGCAUUUUUUUCUUCUAUCACACCACAAAUGCAAGAUUAAAAAAGGGCAAGAAAAGGAUGUCCAAGGUGAAUGAGAGGGCCAUCCAAAGCCGUGGCCUUAGAGGGCCUUGGAUUGAUAUGUGCCCAGGGGGCCGUUUCAUAAAGCUGUUUGUAAGUUCAGAGUGAAUUUAAGAAAGACUGGGGAUCCUUUUUUGUUGGAAAUGAUAUUCACCAUUAAAUGUUCAUUGAUGAUUAUUUAGCGCAUGAGAACAGUUCACCAGUCAUUCUUAAAGUCGCCCUUAUCUUACGAACAGCUUUAUGAAACACCCACCUGGAGUAAUUGUGGCUUGUAUUAUCAUACACUUAGUUUAAAAGAGAUUUAUAUCAACCUUGCCACCUUCUGCAUAUAUUUCUUUUCAUGAAAGAUACCAGUUAGGUUUUUGGCAGACCAU